UCUGAUAGAGCUUUUGAGUGGCCACGUUAAUUGCUAGUAUAAAAUAAAAACGUGAUUAGUCUCUACUCAGUGUUCAAACUCCGAAAACAAAAUGUUCCUCUUACUGGUGACCGUUGCUCUCGUGGCUGCUGCAAAUGCGAGCUCCGUGACUCGUGAUAGACCAAUGUUCUCAACGGGUCGCAUCGUCGGCGGCGAUGAUGCCGAGAUCACCACCUACCCAUAUCAAAUCUCUAUGCAACUUUUCGGCGAACACUUGUGUGGCGGUUCAAUUAUUGACGAAAACUACGUCGUGACUGCAUGCCAUUGCGUCGACGACUUGCUUCCCCGUGACAUCACCGUUCGUGCCGGCUCAUCGAAAAUAGGUCAAGGUGGCAGCGUUCAUGAGGUGACGAAAGUCAUUCGUCACGAAAACUAUAACACCAAUAUUUAUAGUAUACCAUCCAAUGACGUUGCCCUUCUGAAAUUAAAUGAACCCAUCCAUUUCGAUGAUACACGUCAGCCAAUCGACCUCUUCAAACAAGGAGAAGUUUCGGCGCCUGGAAACAUGUCUGUAAUCACUGGCUGGGGUGACACUGGCAAAGGAAUAUCUACCCAGCUUCAAACUGUCACCAUUCCCAUCGUCGAUAAAAACCUAUGCAAUAAUGUAUACAAAAGAUAUGGUGGAGUACCAGCUGGUGAAAUCUGCGCUGGUUAUUACGGAAUUGGUGGCAAGGAUGCUUGCAUAGGUGAUUCUGGUGGCCCACUUACCAUCAAUGGUCGUCUUGCCGGUAUUAUCUCGUGGGGUUUUGAAUGCGGUAGCGCUGACUUCCCUGGAGUAUACACAGAGAUCGCUUACUACCACGAUUGGAUUAAGAAACAUAUUCAGCCCUAAGUUACUAUAUCAAAAAAUUUUAGCUCAAUGUUGAAUGGAAUAUUAUUCUUAAAACAUUUCUGACAU